AGACGCGCCAGGGCCACUCGCGCAGGGGACCAGACCCCGGGGCGAAGGGGCGAGGAGGAGCUCCCCACCCCGGGGCAGGAGCGGGGAGUAUGACAGAAGAAGUGCCCGCAGCUGCCACCAUGCCGGCGUGCAACGGGAGCCUUCCCCCGGAGGACGGCCCCCUCCAGGUCAUCGGUGGCCUCGAAGAAAUUGCAAAAUCUCUUGGGACAGUCCCGUAUGCAAAUGCAGAAAUGAGCCCUGACACCUCACCUGCAAAGGAAAAUCUGGAGGAAAACAGAAAUUCAUUGGCAGAGGACAUCACUCCUGAUAACUGUGCUGGAGAGAAGCGAUGCCAAGGAAAGCGAGAGGAGAAGGCUGGGACACCACAGCAGGGAGCAGCGGAUAUCCAGGAGGCAGGGACCAAUGGCCAGGGAUCAGGGGAAGGGCCGGGUGGCACGGCGGGGACAGCGGCCACGGCCGGCAGGGAGGUACCGGAGACCCCGCCGGGCAGCGCCGAGCCCAGAGGGAACGCGGCCCUGGAGGCGGAGGAGGAGGAUGCGGAGGAGGAGGAGGACACCGAGGAGGAUGAAGUUCAGGUGAUCGAAAUCAAGAAGGAGAGCAGCGAGGCGUCCCGGCUGCAGCAGAGGGACGGCGGCAAGCAGCCAUCGCCCCCGGGCAGCCCCGGCUGCAACUCCCCGCUGGAGAAGGCGGGGGAGCAGCCCAGCCUGGGGAAGAAGAACGACAUCUCCAGACACAGCUAUUCCAGGUACAACACAAUCUCCUACCGGAGGAUCCGUAAAGGAAACACCAAACAGCGGAUCGACGAGUUCGAGUCCAUGAUGCACUUGUGAACUGAGGGGGAGUGCGCCGAGCCUUUGCUCUGGCCUUGGCUUUCUUUUGCUCCCCCAAACGUGUCUCUUCACACAACACAGGGUCACGGCUUUUCUUCUUUUUGUACAUGAUUUAUAAUACACUGUGACAAUUUAACAUCUUGGCU